ACCUAACCUCCCACAGUACGUCAUUUGACUAGGCUGUGCAGGUUUCCUCCUAAUAAUUCCAGUAUUCAAAUGUUGUAUUGCUGCAUGAAGGCAGCAGGCAAAGAUAUCAGAUAGCGAGGCUGUGCUGUGCUGUGUUGGGCUUGGCGAGUGUGGCACUCAGAAAGACUGCAGUCCGUUUCAGUCUUCCACUGGGCCGGCAGCUCAUGGCUGCGAGGACCCCGUCAUGACCCUGAGACUGGACACAGCAGGUAAUGAGGGAAGGACUUGAGGAAGAUGAUUAGAAGUGGUGUCAUGUCUUUGCCUAUGAAACCACAUCAUCUCAGCUAAGACUCCUUGUUUGCACGCACACACACACACACACACACACACACACACACACACACACACACACACACACACACACCCUCCUCUGCAACCUCCACAUCUAACCAUGGAUCCUGACCCUGAGCCAGAUCUCCCGCCCUCCACUGUGGACGACGAAGAUGCUCCAGACCUGGAGUGUGCCAUCUGUUUUAGCCAGUUCGACAACGUCUUCCGCACGCCCAAGAUGCUCGGCUGCAAGCACACCUUCUGCCUGGAGUGCCUCGCGCGCAUGAACGUCAAGUCGGCGCAGCCCAACUCCAUCCAGUGCCCGCUGUGCCGCGGCCACACUCCUCUGCCUAACCUAGGGCUGCCCAAGCUGGACACGGACUCCACCGUGCUCUCCUACCUGCCGGCUGCCAUGCAGCGCGUCUACAGCAUCCGCUUCAGCCGCAGCAAAGGUCGCCUGCAGGUCAAGCGGCCCGACGAGGGCGUCCUGCCCUUGGCCGCGCGGACGGUCAGCCACACGCUGGACGUGGGGCUGCCGGCCGGCAGCGGUGGCAGUGGAGGAGCCGGCGGGGAGCAGUCGGGCCAAGAGCGGGGGCAUGGGAGAGGCUGCUUGGCCAUGCUGCGGAGGCAGGCGCAGAGGCCACCCUGCCGGGCCUGCAUCAUGGCCACCACGGUCCUGCUCAUGGUGGUGCUCACCAUCGUCGUCAUCUUCCUUCUCUCGUCUCGGAAUUAACGCAGUACACUCUCUUUCGCUGCUCAGACAAUAUCCCUCCCCAAGGGACGAGCAAAGACUUGCAAUACAGCAUGUAUGGUGAUUUAUUUGCAUUGGAAAAACAGGACAGAUGAAUGAAACUGUACCUGCAUAGGCUUACCAUAGACUUUGGUCAUGGACUGGUUGUGGAAAAAUAUCAUAUACAUGCAUCUAUAGCACUUUUAUUUCUAAAGCUAACAUGUUCUAUUUAUAUUUCUUGAAAUUGGUCAUAUAGGCCUAACUGAAAAGUUGUUCAGAGGGAGAGUUCUCCUUCAGGCUCUGGAAUGAUGGUAAAACUGAAACAGAGUAUCGUUUCUAUGCCAAACUGUGAAGUUCUAUUUUGCCUACUAUUAAAAUAAUAUCUAUUCUCAGACAGAGAGAAACAAA